AUGUCAAAAACAAAAAAUACUCAAAUAAAUGUAAUUCCUUCAAAUGAAGUAAAUAUCAGACUUAUUGGAAAUUCUUCAGCUUAUGAGAAAUCUGUAUUAGCUAAUAAUGAAAAAGAUCAUAAAGGUAACCAGAGACAAUUGGUUAUCAUAGAUAAACCAGACACACCUAAAGACAUUGCUCUUCAUGCCAUUACGGGAGGACUUA